AUGGAAUCAAAUUGUGCCAUAUGUUUGGAACAAUUAAAAUAUCCGCUUGGAAGACUUAAUAAUUGUAAACACAAAUUCUGUUUUAAAUGUAUUCGCGAUUGGUUAAAAAAGCGAUCACAAUGCCCACUUUGUGGUGGAGAGCCAAAAUAUCUAAUUAAAAUUGAAGAAACAAAAAAUGAAAGAAAAGUGCCAGUAAAAAAAAGAACAAAGGAACAAUUUGAAAAUGAGCUUCUUGCCCAAGAACAACUGGAAAAUGAUCAAGGCGGCCCUUCAAAUGAAGAUAUUACCAUUGAAUAUGCAAACUGCCGAUCAUGCAGAAGUUCAGAUAAUGAACAUUUACUGCUACUCUGCGACGGAAACAUUGGUCAAAAUGCUGAUGGUUCUACGAUUCGCUGUAAUGUCGCCUAUCAUUGCUAUUGCUUACCGGAGAAACUGGAGCGAAUCCCGGAAAAUGACUGGUUUUGUCCAUUCUGCGAAAACAAACCAGAAAAUGCACAGCAUUUUGUAGAACAAACAAAUUUAAAUGUUUCACGUUCAGAAGAAGCUGGUAGUAGUAGUUCAAGACAAUUAAAGAAUGAGACUGAUGUAUCGAAAUGUCAUCUAAGCGGAUGUUUGGAGCAAGGUAAUAUGAAAAUAGAAACUGGAUGCAGCAAAAUUAGAAAUUCCGAAUCAACGCUUAUUCAAGAUGCUUAUGGUGAUUCGGAUACGGAAAGUGAAUCAAGAGACUAUAGUAAUGAAAAGAGUGAAUUAUAUUCAACAAGUGAUGCAACUAGUGAUGAUUACGAUGAUAGCAACGAAAUAACAGUCGAAAAUACUGGCGGGACAAAUUUUGAUGUAUUGGACGACGACGACGACGACGAUGACGAUGACAGUGAUGAUGGUGAGAAUGAUGAUGAUGAUGAUUGUAACGAAUCGGAUGAAACAGAUUCUGAGCAAAAAUUCCACCAAGCGAUAUUUUGCGAUAAUUGCGGACGAAGAAGAGGAAUGAAGCGUAAUCAAGGAAUUACAUAUCGCCGAUAA